AUGACUUUCGUAGCUCUGAAUUGCCGUACAAAACAUGUGCCUGUGGAAUGCUGUAACAACUGGUACAUGAAUUUUACCAGUUAUAUCGGAGGUUGUUUGAUCUAUGCUCUCUCAGAAUAUGGUUAAAUAGGUGAUCACUUUCCCCGAUUCCCAUCGCUUGUGUGUAGCAAAAAUCUUUGACAAAAUGAGUGGCGGACUGGCGCCAAGCAAAAGCACUGUUUACAUAUCAAAUUUGCCGUUUUCGUUGACAAACAAUGAUUUGCAUAAAAUAUUUGAAAAAUAUGGAAGAGUAGUGAAGGUGACUGUGUUAAAGGAUCGAAACACCAGAAGAAGUAAAGGUGUUGCUUUUGUGUUAUUUUUAAAGAAAGAAGAUGCAUUGUCUUGUGCCAAAUCUAUUAAUGGGAAGGAGAUGUUUGGUCGUACACUGAAGAGUAGUUUAGCAACUGACAAUGGUCGUAGUGCUGAAUUUAUCAGACGACGCAAUUACCCUGAUAAAUCACGAUGUUAUGAAUGUGGUGAAGAGGGGCACUUAAGCUAUAAGUGCCCACACAAUACACUGGGUGAAAGGGAGCCACCUCCAAAGAAAAAGAAGCUGCCAAAGAAGUUACAGCAGAGCAAUGAUGAAGAUGCUGACAGUUCUUCAGAUAUUGAAGACAGGUUAUGUGCUUUUAAAAGUUCCACUAAAGAAGAAGAGAGUGAUUUGUAUGAAUCUGACGAAGAAACAUUGAGUGCAGCUAUUCGACUUGAGCAAAGAAAAAUGAUUCAAGAAGAUAAUUCCACAAUUCCGACUGAGACUACAGCUCGCCGAAAGAGGAUAAAGCCUAGUACCUACUUCAGUGAUGAAGAGGAUAUUAGUGACUGAACACUUAAAUCGUUGUUUAGUGAAAUAGUCUUACUCUCAUCUGUGUAUAUAUAAGUAUAUAUAUAUUGUUCUUUAAUAAAACUGGUGUUUUCUAUAGGCUCUGUCCACUGUUUGUGGAACACAAUGAAUAAUUUACAAAAUGUACAAUAAUUUGUGUAGGAAUGUUGUAGCAGCGUAAACAUUGUGACAAUUAAUUUACAACUAGCACCAUAUUCAUUUCUGUACACUUAACUUUGAAAAAAACUGUUUAUAAAAUGUAUAUAUAAUCAGAUUUGCAGAAGCCUCUAUUGCAUUUUGAGGUAAGGCAUAAUUAUAGCCAUGUGGAAUGGUGUAUUAAGACAUU